AUGGGAGCCCCAUCAUCUAUAAAUCAUUUCAGAUCCAUUAGUUUGCCUUCUAGAUUAACCCACCCAUCUUGCACUAAGACCGAGAAGAAAAUAAAUGAGCUUAGAGCAUCGGGAAAAUUGGUGGGUUCGUUUGAAAGCAUUCAAAGUAGUUUAGUUGGUUUGGCAGAGUUGCAUGUUUUCGUGAAUGAGUUUGUCCAGGCUCCAAAGACCCAACAAGCCCUUUCUCACCACCAAAAUGAAACCCUACUCGAAGCUGCCUUAGAGUGGUCCAUUGGGUUUCUAGACACGUGUAGCACCCUUAUAGACAUAAUCCUGUUAAUGAAGGAAAACGUGAACGCCCUUCAAAUGGCCUUACGGAGGAAAGGUAGCGAUUCAACAGUUGCUAGUAAAAUUGCAGCGUAUCUAUGCUUCCGGAAAAUGGCAAAGAAGGUUGUAACCAAGAGCCUCAGGACACUAAAACAUCUAGAAAAGAAAAUAUGUUCAUUUCUUUUCGUAGAUAUUGAUCACCAUGUGUCAUUGGUUUCUAAAGUUCUUAAAGAAACUAAUGCACUUACUAUAUCCCUGUUCAAAUCCAUUUUGAUCAUUGUGUCAACCAAGCCGAAGCGUGAUAACGGGGUUCAACUGAUAUCAAAGUUGUUGUCCAAGCGUACAUCCGCACACAAACAUGAUCAAUUCGUCCUCACCGAGGUUGAAACCAUUGAGUUGACUCUCACGUUGCUCCACAAGAAUGUGCGCAAUGGUGAGACCAAAGAUGUUGAUGUGGAAAUGACAUUAAGGAGAUUGCAAAUUCUUGGUGUGGGUCUUGAAGGAUUGAAGGUUGGUUUAGAUCACCUUUACAGGAGAUUAAUCCAUAGUAGAGUUUCCCUUCUCAAUAUCGUAGUUUGUUAG